AUGCACUCGGGCUUCAUGUCUCUUCUGAGCUACCCUGAGCUAUGCCAUGCUUCGUCCUAUAGAACUCACUGUUACAUCCCAGUGACUCCUUCCAUUGCUUUUUGCUCCAAUGAUGUAAGCUCUACCACUGGACACCACUUACCCAGUAGCUAUCAAGGAAAUCUCUGGCUCCUCGACCAUUGUCAAGAAAACUACUGUGACGCCCCAAGCUGUGACUCUCCCAGCUGGGAGCCCAAGGCCUGUGCUACAAAUUGUGACUUGCAGAACUCCUGUGUGCCCUGUGACUCCCCAUCAUCAGACCAAGUCAUUACUGCCUGCAAAGCUACCAACCUCAGAUCCUGCCCCAGCUGCAACUCAUGCACUCAGACGAAGGGGUAUGUAUCCACUUGCUACACGACCACUCUAUGUGCGUCUAAGGCCUGUCAGACCCUUGGCAAUGGCCCCAACUGCUUUGGGCAACUUAACUACUUCUCCAAGAGUCCCCGACCUCUAAGCUACUGCACACUUGGUGGCUUGGGGUAUAGGAGCUAUCAACCCCUUGACUUUAAUUCCAGUGGAUUUUCACCAUCCUGUUACAGUGCCAGCAGAUAUCACCCUCAAAAUUACUUCAAGAAAAAUUACCGAUAUCUGAAUUAUGGCCCGAUGACCUACCAACCACUGAGGUACUCAUCUAGUAACUUCCGAUCUCUGAGCUGCCUACCCAGCAGCUUUCCACCUCUGAGGUAUUUAUGCAGUGGUUGCAGACCUCUGAAUCAUUAUUGA